AUUACGUCGAUUGUAACCAAUAGUAUUGACCUGACGAUGUGUAAAGGAAUAUAAAUAAGGAAUUUUCAAGUUAUUUGUAGCUAUCAUGGUUUUUACUUUCAUUAUCAAUUCUUUGUCAACAAUAUAAUCUAGCUGUUAGAUAAAGCAUGGCGGAGGGAAGACAUCGUGGUAAUGGCAGACGGUCACGAGGAAAAUUCAAUCUAGGUGUCAUAGGACGGUCAAAUAGCGGAAAGUCGUCGUUUAUCAAACUAAUGCUGCAAUCGCAGUUGGGACCGGAAAGUCCCGAUAUUCCUAAGACAGACUUUCUAGAGUGUACAGAAAAACGCGAGAAAUUCGAAAUUCCUGGUUGUUCAGUUGUAUUAUGGGAUGUACCUGGAGUAGGAACACAAAACGAGGGUUUAGAGGGGUACGAUGAAAGAAUUGAAAUAGAGAAAUACGACGGUUUUGUUGUUUGCUGCGGCGGACCUGUUACUGAGUAUGAACUUGCUUUGAAUAAUCUAAUAGCAAGUCAUGGGCGAAGAUAUAUUUUCGUCAGAACAAAAGUUGACGCUGCUAUUGAAAAUGAAAAGAAGGCACAUCCAUCGACAUUUGACGAGGAAGAAACAUUGAAAAAGCUGAGAGAUGGAAUUAUUGAAAAACUUUCGGAAAGUGGAGUAACUGAGUUUCUCGUGAGUAAUCGACACCCCGACAAAUUUGACUUUGAAACGCUCAACUUUAUAAUAUUCGAUGAGAGUGCUCUAGCUUCAUAUAUGAAGAGUUGUAAUAAGAAAGUCAAAAAAGAAAACUGGAAGAGAAAACAAGUAGAAUCAGAUUGCUAAUCAUCAAAUUAUGCCACACAAAGUGGUACAUGUAUACCUAGGUCAGUCGAAACAUUAUAUACGGCUAGACAAUGAUCAUUUCAACGCUUUAU